AUGCGGAAACAACGCCGUCAAGCUGACCGUGAAGAUGAACGCGAUCGUAUCCGGGACCGUAUGGGUCUCAUCCCUGCUGACCCACCCAAAGUCCAUCUAUCGAACCUGAUGAAAGUCCUAACAUCAGACGCAGUCCAAGACCCCACUCGCAUUGAGGCCCGCGUCCGCAAAGAAAAGGAGAAUAAGAAAUCGGAGGAGGAGAAGAAGGGAAUCGUGGGGCUACCAUCCCACCGGUUCAAAGUCCCCAAAAAUGCAGAACAGCGCAAUUCGACUGGCGUCUGCAUCUUCAACCCAGCUUUCAGCAUGGUAUACGUCGAAGGCACUGGCAGACUCGACGUCGUAAUCGAUAAUGGGGGCAAAGACGACAACGAAGCACACAGUAGCAGCGGUGCUGGUGAUAGUGGUAGUGCAGAUGGUAACAGGGCCGCAAAAGCACAAGACGAAACAGCCUCACUCAGAUAUAACGCAUGCUAUCUCGUAUGGCAAGGUCAACUACGAGAUCGGGCGUUUAAUAUGUUCAUGCCGAGGGGAUGUCCUACAGGUGCGAUGGCUAGGGAGGCUUUGGGGCAGAAGUUGGCAGGAUAUUGGGACCAGGCGAAGAAUUGGAAGCCGGAGGAGGAGCUGUGUUAG